AUGGACGCUACCUUCUCCUACCCCUUCACCGGACGGUACUGCAACCUCCGGAAAAGCAACGUUCACUAUGCUGUGUCUCCCUCUGGUGGCCAUAAAGAAAGCCGCAUCCAUGCACAGCUGCACCCUGAGCAUCUCAGUCACUCACUUCCGCUGCUCCUCUACCCGGGGAGAGUGGAACCUGGGUUUUACGAUAGCUCGUAUCGGAGCGCUCCGUCCCUCCUCCCCUACCUAGGGCCUUUCCAUGGCCGAUUUGGUGUUUACGAGUGUCCCUUCGAGCCGGCUUUCAUUCAGAAACGAAAUGAGAGGGAACGCCAGCGCGUGAAGUGUGUGAACCAAGGCUAUGCGAAGCUGCGGGACCAUCUGCCCGGUGGCACCACGGAAAAGCGAAUGAGCAAAGUGGAAACACUGCGUGCUGCAAUCCGCUAUAUAAAAUACCUGCAGCUGCUGGUAGAGGGACGCGUGUCCGAGGGGGAACGGGAGUGUGAGGGAUUACAGGACACAGACUACACAGCAGCUCACAAUGAAGAGUUGUCUCCAUCCUCUCUUUCUGGAACCUCAUCUCCCACGCUCCACAUCGAGGCGUCUUGGGGCUCCUCUGGAAGCUAGGGUGGUAUCAUAUGACAUUUAAAGGCCAUCAUGUAUCAAAGGAAGAGGGACUGGAUGAGGGCAUAAGUAUAUUCACUGAAUUUUAAUGGCAAAUAAAUCAAUUAACCACGAACUGCUAAGUGACACAUGUGACACUGGACUAUAAGUUCUUCACUUCUAGCUCUAACAUGAAGGGCUCAGGCAUCAGAU